AUGAACUCGGCUCGUGUGCUUGCUUGUUCCGGGCAUCGUCUCAGUCGAUUCAUGUCCCUGCGAACAGUCCGUGACCUCUCGGCGCGCAAUCGAUUGGGUCAAAUGGCCUCCCAUAUGUCUAGUGCCAGCAAACCCGGGGCCUUGUCCCUAGCGGAUCUGCCCAAAUCUAAUGUGUUCACAUCAAAACUCCCACCAGACCCAGCGUUUGAGACGCCGGAGGCCUCGCACAAGGCACCGCGGGAAACGUUGGGACCGCGUAUGGUCAAGGGGGCGUUAUUCACCUAUGUUCGGCCGGAAGAAGUGGAGGGGCCGGAGCUCCUCGGAGUGAGCCCGAGAGCGAUGGAGGACUUGGGUCUGAAGUCCGAAGAGGCGCAAACCCCGCAGUUCAAAGCGUUGGUUGCCGGGAAUGAAUUUGCCUGGACAGAGGAAAAAGGGGGUAUAUACCCGUGGGCACAGUGUUACGGUGAGACCGAAACACGAGAAGAAAUCCUAAAUACUAAAACAUCGACUCCAGGAUGGCAAUUAUAUAAGCUAAGAUUCCACAGCGGUUCUUGGGCUGGGCAGCUUGGAGACGGACGGGCGAUCAGUCUGUUUGAAUCAACCAAUCCACAGACAAAGACGCGGUACGAGCUGCAAUUGAAGGGCGCCGGAAAAACACCAUAUUCGCGCUUCGCAGACGGAAAAGCAGUUUUACGGUCAAGUAUUCGUGAAUACAUCGUUUCAGAAGGUAAAUCGAUGCAGUGCAUUAUGGGAUCUCAAACACAGUUCACUGAUGAAACUCUUCUAGCUCUCAAUGCCCUGGGCGUUCCCACCACUCGUGCGCUGUCCUUGACUCUCUUGCCAAAGGCCAAGGUGUUACGGGAGCGGCUGGAACCUGGAGCGAUUGUGGCUCGAUUUGCCGAAAGUUGGCUGCGCAUUGGGACUUUCGAUAUCCUUCGGGCGCGUGGGGAUCGUGAUCUGAUCCGGCGGCUGUCCACGUACAUCGCUGAGGACGUCUUUGGCGGAUGGGAGACCCUACCCGCCGUCGUAUCGGUGAAAGAAGGACAGACCGCGGCCGAGCUGGACAAUCCCCAGCGAGGCGUCCCUCGGGACGAAGUACAGGAACACCAGAGUAUUGAAGAGAAUCGCUUUGCCCGGCUAUACCGAGAGAUCGCUCGCCGGAAUGCGAAGACCGUGGCUGCCUGGCAAGCCUAUGGCUUCAUGAAUGGUGUGUUGAAUACUGACAAUACCUCGAUCUACGGACUUUCCCUAGACUAUGGACCAUUCGCCUUUAUGGACAACUUUGACCCCCAGUAUACUCCUAACCAUGACGAUCACAUGCUACGCUACGCAUACAGGAACCAGCCCAGCAUUAUCUGGUGGAACCUGGUCCGACUGGGAGAGUCUCUUGGAGAGUUGUUCGGGGCCGGGGCCAAAGUGGACGAUGAAAGCUUCGUGAAGAACGGGGUGACCGAGGAGAUGGAGUCCGAACUCGUCAAACGAGCGGAAACUAUCAUCGACCGGGCCGGCGAAGAAUACAAGGCCGUCUUUUUGAAUGAAUACAAGCGCCUGAUGAGUCGACGACUCGGCCUCAAGACACAGAAGGAAUCCGACUUCCAGGAACUCUUUUCCGAGAUGCUCGACACGCUGGAGGCGCUGGAGCUGGACUUUAACCACUUUUUCCGCCGCCUGUCUGGAUUACCGCUUUCUGAUCUGGAGACGGAGGAGAAGCGCGCUGCCGCAGCAUCGGUUUUCUUCCAUGCCGAGGGAUUUGGGGGCAUUGGAUACACCGACGAGUCAGCCCGGGCUCGCGUUGCGAAAUGGCUCGAGAACUGGCAGACCCGCAUCCUGGAGGACUGGGGGCCAAAUGGCGAUGGCGAGAGACAGGCAGCGAUGAAGGCCGUCAACCCUAAUUUCGUGCCAAGAGGCUGGGUUCUGGACGAAGUGAUCGAGCGAGUGGAGCGUAAAGGCGACCGAGAGAUUCUAGGGCGGGUGAUGCAGAUGAGCCUGGAUCCAUUCCGGGACGAAUGGGGCCUUCAUAAGGAGGAAGAAGAGCGGUUCUGUGGCGAUGUGCCCAAGUACAAGCGAGCGAUGAUGUGCAGCUGCAGCUCAUGA